AAGUAAUAAUUCUGAGCUACUGUACAUUUGAAAGACCCCUAUAUAUAGAUUUACCUGAUUCAUCUUCUCAGUAGCCCAUCAAAUUACAGCAGUUCUUUUCAAUGACAGUUCAUUCGUUCGUUCAUUCAUUCCUGCUACCUGAAGUGACCACAUUGGACUUGUUUUUACCAUAAUCAAUCAGCAUAAGUACUAUUAUAGUACUUGACAAACAUGGCCGCUGGACAGGAGGAAGGCUGGCCUCUGGGUCUGCAGCCAUUGAAUGUGAGAGUAGGGUUGGUUAGAAACCAUGAUUUCUCUGGAUCAGUAUCAUUCAACACCCUACUCACUGGCUCCCCAACGUGCUCCACAGAUUCUUCCUCAUCGGAUUUGGACACAGAGUCUACAGGGUCUUUUUUCCAUGACAGGAGCGUCACGCUUGGGAGCCUUAUAGGCGUUUCCAGCAUUUUGGAGCUCUCUAGAAGAUCAAUACGGAGAAGAAAAACCGAACCCCUCAAGGAAAAGAAGAGCAGCAGCAAGCUGCCCAGAUCAUUAGGGUUUUUCUCUUUGUGCUUAAGGGACAGAACUGAUGGUAUAAAGAGUGUGAAGAAUCCUUCAUCUCUUCGCCAUUUUCUUGCUGUGGAGAGAAAAACUUCAGCUGCUGCUGAUCAUGACGAAAAUUAUCAAAGGAACCAGAACCCUUUCAAUGGUAUUGGACCCGAAGAAUUACUUGGAUUGGCGCAGCCUGUUACAGAACCAAACUCACUUUUUGUUAAUGGUCGUGUUGCUCCUCCUCCUCAAACUAGUUCGGGUACAAAUACUUCAGAUGUCGGAAGGAGAAGAGAAAAGGGAGUACUAGAUCAUGAGCAUGGUGAUCAUGGGGUUGGAGUUCCUUCACUAUUUUCAUGCAUGUGUGGAUAAUCAACAGACUGAACAAGCAUGCAUGUGUAUUGUGUGCCAAAUCCAUUUUUUGGCUCUCAAAUGUUGUCCUAGGAUGGAGUAAACUGCAUGCCUUGGAAAGAUGUGGAAACUAUUUUAAACCUCUUAUUGGAUUUGCCUAAGAUGUACGUGCAAAGUGAUCA